CGAUGAUGACAGGAGGACCCUUCCAGGCUCGCGAAUCACGGAAGCUACAGAGCCGGCUUUGCUAUUAGGAAGACAAUUAUUUGUUUAUUUCUGCUGUUAAACCUCAAAUGUUUUAUUUUAAAAUUGAUAUCAUUUUUUCAUAGGAACCAUGAGGUCUAUUGUCUUAUAAUAAGGAAAAAGAGCCUAAAUAUCUUCAUUCUUUAGCAGACUGAGUUAGCUAGUAGCACCUGCGGUUGUGAAACUAACUAGCGGCAACACUCAGGUUGGAGGAUGUGGUUCUGCUGUGUUCUGCUGCUUUCGUUGUUAUCUGAUGUUUCUGGGGCUUCAGAUUCAAAGGCAAUCACAACCACGCUUACAACCAAAUGGGCAAAUACACCACUGCUUCUGGAAGCCAGUGAGUUUCUGGCUGAGGAAAGCCAGGAAAAGUUCUGGGAUUUUGUGGAAGCCAAUCAAAACAUUGAAGGAGAGCAUGAUGAUACAGAUCAGGCCUACUAUGAGCUGAUUGUGAAGAAAGCUGGUGCCUUGCUCACCUCCGUCCAGUUGAACAUGCUGAAGUUUGCCCUCUCAUUGAGAGCGUACUCUUCCACAGUACAUACCUUCCAGCAGAUAGCUUCUACCGAGCCUCCUCCUUCUGGCUGCUCAGCUUUUAUCAGCGUCCAUGGAGAGAAGACGUGUGAUGAAGAAAAGUUGGAAUCACUGUUGAAAACUGCAUCUGAAAGGCCAAAGCCGUACUUAUUCAAAGGAGACCAUAGAUACCCCGGGUCAAAUCCAGACGCCCCUGUAGUCAUCCUCUAUGCUCAGAUCGGAAAAUCCGAUUUCCAGCAGUUUCAUCGAGUCUUAACAUCAAAAGUCAAUGAUGGUUCGGUCACAUAUGUGCUCCGUCAUUAUGUGCCUAACUCAGAUGGAAAGAGAGUCCAUCUGUCUGGAUAUGGAGUGGAGUUGGCCAUCAAGAGCCAGGAGUACAAAGCAAAGGAUGACACACAAGUCCAAGGGGAGGAGGUGAACGCCACCGUGAUCGGGGAGAACGAUCCAGUGGAUGAGGUCCAGGGAUUCCUGUUUGGAAAACUCAAAACCCUUUAUCCAGAGCUGAAGGAGCAGCUAAAAGAGCUGAGGAAGCAUUUGGUGGAAAGCACCAAUGAAAUGGCUCCUCUGAAAGUCUGGCAAAUGCAAGAUCUGAGUUUCCAGACUGCGGCUCGCAUUCUUGCUGCUCCUGCAGUCGAUGCCCUCAACGUGAUGAAAGACCUUAGUCAGAACUUCCCCACCAAAGCCAGGUCCAUCACUAAAACAGUCGUCAACUCUGAAAUCCGCAAAGAAAUAAUCGAAAACCAGAAGUUCUUCAAAGGAAAUCUGGGGCUGCAGCCAGGGGACUCGGUUUUGUUCAUCAAUGGACUACAUAUAGAUCUGGAAACGCAAGAUAUCUUUAGCGUGUUCGACGUGCUGCGCAGUGAAGCGCGGGUCAUGGAGGGUCUGCGCUCGCUGCUCAUCGAGACGCCCUACAUCCACGAUAUCUUAAAGCUCAACGUCCAGCCUGCUGACUCCGACUACGCAGUCGACAUCCGCAACCCCGCCAUCUCUUGGAUUAACAAUUUAGAGACGGACCACAGGUACAGUUCCUGGCCCUACAACGUCCAGGAGCUGCUCAGACCCACUUUUCCUGGAGUCAUCAGGCAAAUACGCAGGAAUUUUCACAACCUGGUGGUAAUUUUGGACCCAACUCAAGAAAAUUCUGCAGAACUGCUGAGUGUGGCUGAGAUGUUUUACUCCAACAACAUCCCGCUCAGGAUCGGGCUGGUGUUCGUCGUGUCCGAUGAAGAUGACAUUGACGGCAUGCAGGAUGCAGGAGUGGCGCUCGUCAGAGCCUACAACUACAUCAGCGAGGAGGUGGACAGCCAGGCUGCAUUUGAUGGUGUGAUCACGAUGUUCAACCGAGUGCCGGCUGGUGGAAAGUUGAGUGUUAGUGAUGUAGUUAAGGUGCUGGAGAAGAGGUUUCCAUACGUAGAGGUCAGCAGCAUCCUAGGAGCCGAUUCCAGCUACGACAACAACAGAAAGGAAGGUCGGGCGUACUACGAGCAGACAGGCGUGGGCCCACUGCCCGUGGUCAUGUACAACGGCAUACCUUACAGAAAGGAACAGCUGGACCCGGAUGAGCUGGAGACCGUCACCAUGCAGAAAAUCCUGGAGACCACCUCCGUAUACCAGAGAGCCGUCUACCUGGGGGAGCUGGCUACAGACCAUGACGUUGUGGACUUUGUCAUGAAUCAGCCCAACGUAGUUCCUCGAAUCAACCCCAGGGUUUUGUCCACCAGCAGAACAUACCUGGACCUGUCUGAUACCAACAACUUCUUCAUAGACGACUAUGCUCGUUUCUCGACGCUAAGCUCAAAGAAGAAGAACGGCGCUGUUGCCAACAGCAUGAACUACAUGACUAAGAAAGAUGAUGGAUACAUCCGUCCUGUCACCUUCUGGGUGGUCGGAGACUUUGACAAGCCUUCGGGACGCCGACUCCUUUAUGAUGCAAUCAGGCACAUGAAAACCAGCAAUAAUGUCCGCCUGGGAAUGAUCAACAACCCAUCAGCCAAUCCCUCUGCAGAGACGAGCCGGGUCACGCGGGCCAUCUGGACCGCCAUGCAGACGCAGUCGGCAAAUAACGCCAAGAACUUCAUCACCAAGAUGACAAAGGAGGAGACUGCCGCUGCGCUUGAGAAAGGCGUGGACAUCGCAGACUUCAGUGUCGGGGGAAUGGAUUUAUCGCUCUUCAGAAGUGCAUACGACAGUCCCAAGUUUGACUUCCUGCUCUCCCACGCCGCCUACUGCAGAGACGUUCUCAAGCUGAAGAAAGGCCAAAGGGCGGUGAUCAGCAACGGAAGAGUCAUUGGUCCGCUGGAAGAGGAGGAAGUGUUCAACCAGGAUGACUUCCUGCUUCUGGAGAAUAUCAUCCUGAAAACAUCUGGAGAACGCAUCAAGAGCAAAGUCAAACAUUUUGGGAUUGAGGAGGACAGGGCCAGCGAUCUCGUGAUGAAGGUGGAUGCCCUGCUCUCCUCUCAGCCUAAAGGAGAAGCUCGAGUGGACUACGGCUUUGCAGAUGACCGUCACAGUGCUGUGAAGAUCCGCCCCAAAGAGGGAGACAUUUACUUUGAUGUGGUCGCAGUGGUGGAUCCAGUAACGAGGGAUGCUCAGAAACUGACGCCACUUCUGCUGGUUCUGAAGCAGCUGGUUAACGUCAACUUACGCGUCUUCAUGAACUGCCAGUCAAAGCUGUCAGAUUUGCCCCUAAAGAGCUUUUACCGCUACGUGUUGGAGCCAGAGGUGGCGUUCCAGGCGGACAGCAGUUUCUCCUCCGGCCCCAUGGCCACGUUUCUGGACAUGCCUCAGUCUCCGCUCUUCACCUUAAACCUCCACACUCCCGAGAACUGGAUGGUGGAGUCCGUUCGCACCCGCUACGACCUGGACAACAUCUACAUGCAAGAGGUGGAGAACAUUGUGGCAGCUGAGUACGAGCUGGAGCAUCUUCUGUUGGAAGGCCAUUGUUUUGACGUGAGCUCAGGCCAGCCUCCACGUGGCCUCCAGUUCACCCUGGGAACUGCCUCCGAGCCGGUCAUCGUGGACACAAUCGUCAUGGCAAAUCUGGGUUACUUUCAGCUGAAAGCCAGUCCUGGCGCCUGGAUGCUGAAGCUGAGAAAAGGGCGCUCUGAUGAAAUCUACAAGAUUUACAGUCAUGAUGGCACAGACUCUCCCACUGACUCUGAUGACAUCAUAGUGGUGCUGAACAAUUUCAAGAGUAGAAUCAUUAAAGUAAAGGUCCAAAAGAAGCCGGACAAGUUCAACGAGGAGCUUCUGAGUGAUGGAACAGAUGAAGAUGACACGGGCUUCUGGAAGUCUUUAGCCAGAGGUUUUACAGGUGGAGGAAAGGCAGAGGAGCCAAAGCAGGAGAAGGAUGACGUGAUCAACAUUUUCUCUGUAGCUUCAGGGCAUCUGUAUGAGAGAUUCCUCAGGAUUAUGAUGCUGUCUGUUCUAAAAAACACCAAAACGCCUGUCAAGUUCUGGUUCCUAAAGAACUAUCUGUCCCCAACUUUCAAGGAUUUCAUCCCACACAUGGCAAAGCAGUAUGGUUUCCAGUACGAGCUGGUCCAGUACAACUGGCCGCGCUGGCUGCACCAACAGACGGAGAAGCAGAGAAUCAUUUGGGGCUACAAGAUCCUCUUCCUGGACGUGCUGUUCCCGCUGGCUGUCGAUAAGAUCCUCUUCGUGGAUGCUGAUCAGAUUGUGCGCACAGACCUGAAGGAGCUGCGUGACUUUGACCUGGAGGGAGCUCCAUACGGCUACACUCCGUUCUGCGAGAGCCGCAGGGAGAUGGACGGAUAUCGCUUCUGGAAGUCUGGCUACUGGGCGAGCCACCUCGCCGGGCGCAAAUACCACAUCAGCGCCCUGUACGUGGUGGACCUGAAGAAGUUCAGGAAGAUCGCCGCCGGAGACAGACUCAGAGGACAGUACCAAGGCCUCAGCCAAGACCCCAACAGCCUGUCCAACCUUGACCAGGAUCUCCCCAACAACAUGAUCCACCAGGUCCCCAUAAAGUCUCUGCCGCAGGAGUGGCUGUGGUGCGAGACCUGGUGUGACGACAGCUCCAAGAAGAAAGCCAAGACGAUAGAUCUGUGUAACAACCCCAUGACGAAGGAGCCCAAACUCCAGGCUGCAGUGAGGAUCGUGGCGGAGUGGACCAACUAUGACCAAGAGAUCAAACGCCUGCAGACGAGGGUGCAGGAGGGAGCAAACCACACAGCAAGGCAGCAGAGCACAGACGUCCACACAGAGCUGUGAGGGUCGCCGUGAUGCGCCAGGGAGGACUCUGUUUAAAGAGUCUGCGUCUCGAAGAGUAUCCUCGUGUGCCUCUGGACUGCUGACACACUCACCACAAAGAACUGAUAAAGAACGGAUUUUUCUUUUUUUGGGUAAAGGAGUAAAGCUUUUUUUUUAAGUCAAUCUUUUUUUUUUCUGUAACUGAUUGUCAGACUUUUUCCUCUGAGGUUGAAGCACAAUAGGAAAACUUGACAAAAAUGUCCUAAUGUUUUCAACUUCUGGUUUUAGGAGGCCAAAAAAAAACACUGGAAGAAAUCAAAACAACUGCGUAUUGGUACAAAACCUGCAGAAUGAGUGAUUAUCAGUUACGAGUUGUAACUGUUGUCAUCCAAAACUAGACUUUACAACAUGAAAGGGAGCCAUGACUAUCUGACUUUUCAAACACCUGUUUUCACUGUAAUUUUCCUGGGAUAAUAAUCAUCAUCAUCCUGUUUAAAAAAAGAAAAAAGUCUUUAACUCUGGGUGUUAUUACUUUUUUGGGGCAUUUUUCCUUCAUUUACAAACUUCUUUCCAUCACAGCCUUUAUGUUGAUCCAUGCAAUCUGUCUCCCGUCCACUAGGGGGCAUAAACAAAUCAAAGUCACAUGUUUAGGGCAUUUUUAUGGUUAGUUGCUCAGUUUGAUUCUCGUUACGUUUCUGACGACGUAAACAAAAGUUGGGAAAGAAUACUUUUGUGUCUUUUCACAAAGUGAAAGCCGUCUGUGGAAGGUUUCAGACUUUUAUUGUGAUCCAGUUGAAAAAAGGUUUUACAAAAGGUAACAUUCAAUUUUUACACCAAUUCAUUAAAAAAAAAAGUAAAAUCACUUAAAAUAAGGUUUGGUACAACAAAUUCUGUUAACUAAGUAAUGGCUUCUAUAAACAUGGUGAAAACAAGAGAAUAUACAUGUAAAUGAUGCUACAGACAAGAGAACAAACUGAGGAAAUGAUUACAUUAGUUCAAAUAAAACGAGCUUUUCCUUUUGCUUGACAUCUGGCCAGAACUCCCGAUGUAGACAUUUUUUUUACAAAACUAUUCCAUUUUUGUAAGUGGCGUCCGACUGGAAUGAUGGCUGACAGAGAAAACUAAAAAAAACGCCUCGGUGGAGUUUCCUCCACACUUUAGUGCAUGCUCUCCACCUGCAGCAGCCCACUUCCUUCUGGGCCUUAAAAACGAGUCGGACGCUGUCCAGAGCAGCAUGGAGACGUGGAAAACCGAGACGUGGGGGUGAAUACAACAAAAACACAGGAGAAAACUCAAAAGUGUUUCUGUGAACAGAGACAAAAGGACGGAGUGCUCGUGAGGACAGAUGGGACAUUCUGCUCAGAAUGACCAGAGAAGAAGCUCUUCCUCUGAGCGGCUUGCAUCCGUGUUCCCCCCUCCCUCCCUCCAGAACUGUGGCACCGCCGUCCGGUUCUGACAGACACCUGCGCUCUGCUUGCAGCCGUGCAUUAUGGGAAACCUGCUGCCUGCUAAUAAUGGCUAAAACGAGGCUUUGCAUCGAUAAAAACUGACAUCGUGCACUACUGAAUAGGAUGUAAGCAUGAACUCACGUUUGAGGACAGUUUAGAGAGCUUUUUU